AUGUUCACAAAUGCAUCGAGUGUACUACGAGCUGUAAUACAUCCAGCUAUACCCACUCUUCAAUAUCAAUGUCUUAUAAGAUCUUUUGGAACUUUUGGAACUGAAGCUGUAUUUUUAUCGGGUUUACCACCAAAUAUUAAUCAAUUCCAAUUGAAAAAAUUUUAUAAAUAUAAUACAACUGGUUUAAAAGAUGUUCAGAUUUUCAAUAAUUCACCUAUAGGUAAAUCUCAAACAACUGGAUUACUUUUAUAUUAUAAAAAAUCUCAAGCUUAUGAUGCUAUUAAAAAAUUAAAUAAUGUGGAAAUUUCACCUGGUUAUCCUGUUGAAUUAAAAUUAAAACCAAUUAAAUUUAAUAAUUCAAAUAAAUUACCUCAUUUAGAAUCAAAUAAAACCCCAAUUCAAAAUUAUAAUGAAAAAUUACAUGGGAAUGAUAUAGAUGUUACCCAAAAUACCAAAACAAAUAAUACAGAUCAAAAUACAACAUUAUAUAUUACAAAUUUACCGAAAAAUAUAACUAUAAUGAAAUUGAAAAGAAUAUUUGGUGUCUAUGGUAUCGUGUUAAACAUUGAUAUUAAAGUUGAUUUGGAUGAAAGUAUUGCAAAAGUUGAAUUUAAACAUAGUGAAAAGGCAAAUGAAGCUAAAUUUCAAUUAUCAAAUAUUUUAGAAGGGAAAGCUAAAAGUUUAUUCAGUGGUAGAGUACCUAAAAUUCAAUUUGAAAUUCAACAAUUAUUUCAAGAUAGAAAAUCUAUAGAUUCAACAAAUAAUACUAAUCCAACAAAGAAUUCAAAAAUUAAUUUUAGUCCAAUUUUCAGAAACGAUUUUAAAAUCAAAUCAAAAGAAGAAGAAUUAUCAGAUUCAGAAACUCAAGAACAAAGAUUCCCAAGAAGUUUUAAAACUUUAUCAAAUAUUCAAAAUAUUAAUAUUCCAAAUUUAAAAUUAGAUUUAAAAUUUGAAAAAAAAUUCAUACCAGGAUUAACAAAAUCUUUAAUUGAAAGAAAUAAUGAUAUAAUACGGCCUAGAAUGACUCAAUUAAAACAACCAACUACUUAUAAUACUUUGAAAGGUCAGAUUGAUGAUUAUUAUAGAGGUAGGAAAUAUAAAAAUCGUGUUAUGAGUCCUGAUUUUUAUAAAUGA